CUCCGCCUUGCCAUUGCCAACUCCAUUUGCCCAACCGUUUGCUCCGACGGAGAAGCCAAAGAUCACAAACUCCCAAUCAAACCGCCCCCUCCCUCGUGUAUCAUUUAUCCUCCUCCUCUUUCUCCGCCGGUAGCCAGCCAGCCAGCCAGCCACCACCCCAUUGUCAACAAUAUCCUCGAGAGAAGGAACAAUUUACAAUUUUGUCGAUCAUUUAUUCUCCCAAUGGCGGAUGGUGAGUCGCAAGAGAAUGCUGCUAACUUCAUAUAUCUCCAUGGAGAACUUGAUCUCAAUAUUCUGGAAGCUCGGUUCUUGCCCAAUAUGGACCUAGUCUCCGAGCAUCUCCGGCGAUGCUUCACGGCAUUCGACGUCUGCCGGAGACCAUUCGCGGCUCGCCGGAAGACCCAUCGCCACAGAAGGAUUAUCACCAGCGAUCCUUACGUCACCGUCUGCCUGGCCGGAGCUACAGUGGCGCGUACCCGGGUGAUCCCCAAUUCCCAGGACCCCAUCUGGAACGAGCAUUUCAAGAUCCCAUUGGCCCACCCGGUUUCCCAGGUGGAGUUUCAGGUCAAGGAUAAUGAUGUUUUCGGAGCGGAUUUCAUCGGCGUCGCAACCGUCCCGGCUCAGAGACUUGUCUCCGGCGAGCUCAUUGAUGAUUGGUUUCCGAUCAUUGGGCCCUACGGCAAGCCUCCGAAGCCGGAUACAGCUGUGCGGCUAAAGAUGAAAUUCACCAAGUGCGAAGACAACCCUUUACACAGCCGGGGAGUAGCAGAGAAUCAUGGGCUGAAAGAGAGUUAUUUUCCGGUGAGGCCCGGAGGGGGAGUGACUCUGUAUCAGGAUGCUCACGUGCCAGAUGGGAUGUUGCCGGAAAUUAAAUUGGAUGAGAAGAGAAUAUUUGAGCACGAAAAUUGUUGGGAAGAUAUCUGUCAUGCAAUAUUGGAGGCUCAUCAUCUGGUUUAUAUAGUGGGAUGGUCUAUCUAUCACAAGGUGAAGUUGGUUAGAGAGCCAAGCAAGCCUUUGCCGAGCGGCGGGAAUUUGAGUCUCGGGGAGUUGCUCAAGUACAAGUCCCAGGAGGGGGUUAGGGUGUUAUUGUUGGUUUGGGAUGACAAGACUUCUCACAGCAAGUUCUUUAUUAAUACUGGAGGAGUGAUGCAAACUCAUGAUGAAGAAACUCGGAAGUUUUUCAAGCACUCCUCUGUUACUUGUGUGCUAUCACCUCGAUAUGCUAGCAGUAAGCUCAGCAUUUUCAAGCAGCAGGUGGUUGGGACCCUAUACACACACCAUCAAAAAUGCGUGAUUGUGGACACACAAGCCCAUGGAAAUAACAGGAAGAUAAGUGCAUUUAUUGGAGGCCUUGACCUCUGUGAUGGGCGCUAUGAUACACCUCAGCAUAGACUCUGUCGUGAUCUUGACACUGUUUUUGUGGAUGACUACCACAAUCCAACUUUUGCUGCAGGAACUAAGGGUCCCAGGCAACCAUGGCAUGAUUUACAUUGCAAAAUUGAAGGACCUGCUGCAUAUGAUGUUCUCACAAACUUUGAACAACGUUGGAGAAAAGCUACAAAAUGGUCAAAGUUUGGAAGGCGUUUUAAAAAGAUUACUCAUUGGCAUGAUGAUGCUUUACUGAAAAUUGAGAGGAUCUCUUGGAUAAUUAGUCCAUCCUCAUCUGUUCCAAAUGAUGAUCCUUCACUACAGAUUACCACAGAAGAUGAUCCCGAAAAUUGGCAUGUUCAGGUUUUCCGAUCAAUAGAUUCAGGUUCUGUGAAAGGAUUUCCCAAGAAUGUUAAAGAAGUCGAGGCUCAGAAUUUAGUCUGUGCUAAAGAUCUUGUAAUAGACAGGAGUAUUCAGAUGGCUUAUAUUCAGGCAAUCAGAUCUGCCCAGCACUUCAUUUACAUCGAGAAUCAGUAUUUUCUUGGGUCAUCUUAUGCUUGGCCUUCCUAUAAAGAUGCAGGUGCUGAUAACUUAAUUCCAAUGGAGAUUGCACUAAAGAUUGCUAGUAAAAUACGGGCAAAGGAGAGAUUUUCUGUUUACGUGGUUAUCCCAAUGUGGCCUGAGGGUGCCCCCACUUCUGCCUCAGUGCAAGAAAUUCUGUAUUGGCAGGGUCAGACAAUGCAAAUGAUGUAUGGCAUCAUAGCAAAGGAGCUGAAAUCCUCAGGGCUUGAGAACUCAGAUCCUACUGACUACCUAAAUUUCUAUUGUCUUGGCAAUCGGGAGGAAUGGCAUGAAGAAUCCAAUUCAGCUGCUAAAGUUUCAUCUAGUGGUGAAGUGGCCUUGGCUUCACAAAAAUAUCGGCGCUUUAUGAUAUAUGUCCAUGCCAAAGGAAUGAUAGUAGAUGAUGAGUACGUGAUCUUAGGGUCUGCCAACAUUAAUCAACGAUCUAUGGCUGGUUCAAGAGACACAGAGAUUGCCAUGGGUGCAUAUCAACCCCAUUACACAUGGUCCAAGAAACAAAAACAUCCAAAUGGCCAGAUAUACGGGUACAGGAUGUCAUUAUGGGCUGAACAUUUGGGAAAGAUAGAUGACUGCUUUAUGAAACCUGAGAGUUUGAAAUGCGUGCAGCAUGUCAACAAAAUUGCCAAAGAUAACUGGAAGAAAUUCACAGCAGAGAAUUUCACUCCAUUGCAGGGCCAUCUUCUUCAAUACCCGUUGGAAGUUGAUGGCGAUGGAAAGGUGAAACCUAUGCCCGAUUAUGAAACUUUUCCGGAUGUUGGUGGAAAGGUGCUGGGGGCACAUUCUACUCUCCCAGACGCUUUGACUACAUAACCUCAAGUAGCUUGGGGUUCUAUACGUCUGCAUAAGGUCCAAUCUAUUCACUUUUGCACCCAGCCAGAAUACUCUUAGGAAAGAUUUCCCGAAGGUAAAAGCGCCAAACAAAAUAAGGCUUGUCAAAUUGACAAUUUACCAUGGCCUGUAACUGUAACGUGUAAAUUAUUCUUUUGCCGCCUACCGGGUUGGGCUUAAUAUUAUUAAGUUCUUUUUCCUUUCCCUGAUUCUUUGCUACAGGUAUGCGUAAAAUAAUCUCAAUGUGAUCUUUACUAUAAAGCCCAGGUUGUAUCUUAUGAGUUCAUUUUGAUUACACGGAUAACCUUUGUUUCAACCCCAUUAUAUUUAUUUUCCCUGAUGAAGAUGAUUAAGAAGUAGCGAACGAAAUGUUAAAGUAGUAAUAGAAACAUGAAAAUGUGCUCGAACGCCCCAAUAGCAGCAUUCUUGAAUGACUUUGUGAAAGCUAAAAUUAAAAGUUCACCUCAUACAUGAUAUAUGCAAUCCUCUGAUU